AUGUCCAGCAAAGCCAGAUACUAUUUGGAGCAGUGCAUCCCAGAGGUCAGUGACCUCGUGGACAAUGGCUUAUUCACAAAAAAUGAAGUCAACACUAUCAUGAAGAAGAGAACAGAUUUCGAGCAUCGGUUGAACUCACGCGGUUCGUCGACAUCUGAUUAUUUGAAAUAUAUCGAGUACGAGAAAAACGUGGAGAAGCUACGGCUAAAGCGGGUAAAGCGGAUCUUGCAGGGUUCGAAGCGGAACAGUGUGUCGGACUGGUCGAUUCAGCAGCGUAUUGUCUUUAUCUUUCAGAGGGGAUGUAAUAAAUUUCCAAAGGACAUCAAGUUCUGGGCCCUUUAUCUGCAGCAUUUGAAGAGCAGUGGGAAUAAGGCAUCUUACCGGAAAAUACACAGUGUGUAUAAUCAGCUGCUGAAACUACAUCCAGCUAACGUGGACGUAUGGAUUUCGUGCGCCAAGUAUGAAUAUGAGGUUCACGCCAAUUUCAAGAGCUGCAGGACCGUCUUCCAAACCGGUCUGCGCUUCAAUCCUGACUCAGCAAAGUUGUGGUUCGAAUAUGUAAAAUUCGAACUGAACUUUGUAACAAAGCUCAUCAAUAGACGGAAGGUCAUGAACCUCAUUAGCGAGCGGGAACAGGCGCUAGAUAUGCAGCAGCAGCAGGAUCUGGCGAAAGAUGAUGAUGGCGAGGAGGGUGAACAACUGCUUUUACCAUCUACAGGUGAUCAGAUGAAGGAUAAACUAAACGAACUUCCCGAGGCCGACAUGAAUAUGCUGGGAACAGAAGGGACGAAUCAGGCUCUGCGUGGCGACGUGGCAUUGGCUGUUUACGAUGUGGCUAUGAAAUCGCUUGGUGAGGAAUAUAUCAAAAAGCACCGUGGUUACUAUACCUCCACUGAGAAUACAGUAGACAUAGAAUUGAGACGCAAUGUCGUGCAAUUCCUGUUUGAGAAGUCUAUGGAGUACAUCAAGCUGUUUGAUGAAUUUCAGGACCUAAACAGAGCAUACCUAAUCAAUCAUGUUAUACAAUAUCUGAAACAUGAACAUUUUAACCUGAAUAUCAAAGAAGUUUUGCCACAACUUUACAUCGAAGUUCUACUGCAGGAUAGUAUCCUGAAUAUCAGAUACACUACUGUAGAGACACUUGAUAUUGAUCAGCUACAGCUCUCUGUUAAAAAGUAUCUCGCCUAUAAGGCAAAAUCUGAAACGCCCAUCGCCAACCAGCUCGCUACAAGGUAUGGCACAUACCUGCAGGAAAACUUCUUGUUUAAUAUGGACAGGAACAAUGAUCCUAGGUAUGUUGUUCUGAACGCGAUCAUCAAGAAGCUAUAG